CUACAUGCCAAACGCUGCAACUCGACCCUCGAAAACUUCCAUCGACUCGCGACACCAAGACGAGGAGAAAGGGAAAAAGGGAAAGAGAGAAAAGAAAGAGAAAAAACAGAAGAACAGGCCACAGAGAGACCUACCAAAGACAACAACUCACGUACACUCUCUCGGCUCUCACCCAUCCAACACUUUACUGGUUGCCCGUCCCGACGAAUCGAAGCUGCCGUAGACCAUUCUUCCUUCGGGCCCUCGCCCAAGCCGGCCGGCCCUGUAACGCCCGAAAGGAGAAUAUCUCUGACCCGGCUUACCUCACUUAGCAUUUGCUGUACACUGCACGCGCAGUAGUCAUCUUAAGAGAACAAGAACAGCCGGCCCUUCGAAACCGUCGCCCCGACUUCGCCCCAUCCUCACGUCAACUUCUUUCCUCUUGUGUUUACGCCUCUCCACCGAUUCUACAUCCUGCGUUCAUCGAACCUUCGUAGUUGCGACUCGAACUCUAUCCCAAGGUUGUCCUUGUUCUACAUAGGUACCUUCCGUCGUCCAUCGUCCUGGCUUGGCGGCCUUCCCCCCUUCUGGUCUUUCGUCCACGGUUGCCCCACCCGCCUAGCGUCUCCUGGACUCCACACCUCCCACUGGCACACCCCCCGGUUCACUGCCCCCUCCCCCCCAAAGGGCCAAGACUGCAAGAGACCCGUGGUGUCCCGUCUUAGGCUCCUGCUGCUGGCUUGAACUAUAGUGUGGUAUGCUGCUCCUACUUAGGUACCUACCUAACGCUACCCGCAACCUUCGCCCCCUCCCCUCCUCCUCCUCCACGACCACGCCCAGCCUUGCCUUCUCUUACGCCUGUCAAAAUCCGGAGACAGCGAAAAGGAGCCCUGUCUGCCUCUGAACCGAUCAAACUCCUCACCCCGUUUCAGCUUCACACCAACAUCAUCCUCGCUCUCUCUCUCUCUCUCUCUCGCUCUCAAUCUCUCUUUCUCUUUCUCUUUCUUGAACAGCUUACCCCUUGCUGUCAACCUGAACUCAAAAAAACCUCUACCGUCGUUAAGGGAAAUCUGAACUCUAUCUCGUCACUUCCCUCCCCUUUUCACCUCCUUCUCUUUUAUCCUCUCUUUGACCUUUGCGCCUGGUUUGUUUUCGAAUUUCCCGCCGUCGGGGUCCCUCGCUCGCAAUCUCCACUCGUUCUUUAUCCCUUGACCACAACCAGACCCCCAAAAGAAGGAGUCUCGUUCCAGCCGACCGUACUUUUCCGACAGCUGACUGACGCCUGCCCGCCUGCGCCGUCCUACUCUCAAAUUGUGCCCGAUCCGACACACCACACCCCCCCAGCCCCCUUCCCUCCACGACGCCUUCCCACCACUAUUAAGCAUCAUCUCAUCUCGACUCCUCCCGGGGAGUCGCCAACACCGUCGACCUGGCUACAAGGCUAGACUCCCGCCGCUCUUUGCUCGGCGGCGACCCAAACUUUGCAGGCUUCGACCAAGAACUUGCUGCACGACAGUACGCUCAGCAAUAUCAACAGCAAUACCAACAGCAAUACAACCCGCCCCAAGCAUCCAGUAACCAAGGCUACGCUUUUCGCGAGGGUCUCGCUCCAUCCACGAUGAACGGCUCACGUCCCAGUAGCGGUGCGAGUGGCCCCUUCGGCUUCGGCUUCAUGGGUGUCAAGUGGCCAAGGAUCUUCUUCCUCAUCGCUCUCGUCCAGGCCAUAAUCUGUCUGGCCUUCGAGUGCUACGUCUUCUGGAAAUUCCAGACAAGCUUGACCGAUCAGGAUACCCAAGAAACGACAGACGCCAAUACCGACUCGCCAAGGCGGAUAAUCCCGACAUUCCUGACGCUUUUCAUCUUCGGCUUCCUGUACGAGUUGGUUGUUGUCUGGGACGCGUUGCGAGCGAAGAACACCAUUCAAGUUAUUGGCGUGUGCAUUGCCAACCUCGCACUGAUGGUUUACACUGCCAUCCAGGUCGAACAAAUCGAAGAGGCGCUGGGUCAACUGAGGGACAACGGCUCUCUCAAGAACCCGCAAGACAACAUGUGGGUCGACGUAAAACCGUACUUGGUCGCCAUCCCCUGCAUCCUGGGCUUUUGUACCAUUGCCAUGGCCUUCACUGCCUGGAAGCUCUACCAAGUCUUUGCUUGGGACAUUCUUAAGACUAUAGGAGCCGACUACAGGAUGAAGAAGCGUUUCCUGCACUACCAGAUUUAUAUCGCACUUCUGAAGUUCGACUUCUUCUUUUUCCUCGGCUUCACUGUUCAGUUUUUGGUUAUUGUUACGCUCAAAACCGACACCGAAUUCGGUCUUACCAUCGCCGCCGUCCCCAUUACUAUUGCCAUUUUGCUUUUGGCUGCCUGGUUCACCAGGAUCGAGAAUAAGAUCGGCAUGUCCAUCGUCAUUGUCUGCUACCUCGGCGGCCUUACCUACUUCCUCUACAAGCUCGUCCGGAUUUACCAGCCACACACGGAACAACAGUACAGGGCGGUGCGUAAAUCGCUCACUGCCUUUGCUGUCAUCACCAUUAUCCUCAUUAUUUGCACCAUCGCCAACUGCAUCAUCUGCAUGCGCAACUUUGGUGCCGGCCUGAAGAACCACCUCCGAAAGCCGUCUCGGGACGUUGAAAAGAACCCGGACCUCAAUUCCAUCAAUCUGCAAGAUGUCAAACCACAGAUUGCGAGCAGAAUGACGAUCGAUUAAGGGAAGGGUGGAGCUGGCUUGACCCGACGAGGCAAACGCAUGAUCAAAAGAGAUACCGCUCGACUGUACAAAGAAACGACUUACGAAACAACGCCACCUUUUUUUAUCCAAAAACAACCAAAAAUCAAAAACCACCAAGAAAUCGUGGACGGACGGGACAAUGGGCACGCGGGGCCGGGCGCGUGUUGGACUGCUUGAGAUUCCCCAUCAUCGUCGUUUCCUUCUUAUUCUUUUCUCUUUCUAUUCUUUUCUUGCGUGGAACACAUUGCGUGUACGGCGUUGACGAUGCCUGCUCUCCACCUACUGAGGGGGAUGAAGACUGGCCUGAAGGCGGAGUUAUGGAUAUGUUUCUACGUAGAAUUCGCACUGGCGACUACGUCCCUGCCCAAGAUGACAUGAUGACUUCGGGAACAGCGAAAAGAGGCCGAGAAGCCUUUGUACGCUUUGCAUGUUGUCGAGGUCAGCGAUUUGCUUUAUACGUUUCCCUGGUGUAACUGAGCGUCGUCAGCAUCAGGUACUUGAAUACCAUUGAUAAAACUAAAGACGC